GCGGCCGGCCCGUUACCGCGGGCACUGGAGACCAGGGCGGCGCUGUGGUUUCGGUGCCGGCCUCCGGCGGGCGGCCUAAUGAGCUCUAGGCACGCACCCCGCUCCGGCGGCCCGCCCCGGUGCCCCUGCCCCAGCUCUCCCCCGUUUCUGCCCUGCGGGGAUCCUGGCGGCCCGUCCGGGUGUUACCCUGGGAACCUUUCGGUUUCAUCUCGGGACUCAGGCGCGGGGUCCCUGCUGGCGUUUGCGCGUUUGCAAGGGUGGCUGAGAUCUGCAAAGCGCCCUGGAGUGGCAGGGCCCUCCUUCAGGGCUGGCUCGUCUCGAGGCCGCUGGCCUGAUCCCUCCUCGCUCCUCCCUGCAAAGGUCCGCGUGCCUGACCAUGGGGCCUCUGAGCCGGGAAACCUGGGCCCAGCGCCUGGGCGCCUUCCGGGCCAGCCCGUCUGCCUUCAUGGCAGGUCCCGAGGGUGAGGAUCUGGGCGGUGACCUGCUGAACGACCUGAGGAGUGAGAAGCUGAGCGAACAGACCAAGGUUUCCUUGCUGGCCUUGAGCUUGGAGUACCCAGCCCAGCUGUGGCCAGAUGCCCCUGCAGCGGAGGCAGCUGCCACCUCCCUGUUAGAUACCCUGGUCCUUCUACCCCCACGGCCAUCAGCUUUGCGGCGGCCCCUGUUGCUGGCAGCAACCACAGUCCUGGUGGCAGGAGGUGCCCUGGGCCCCACCUCGGGAGCCUCCCUCCGGCUCCUGCCCCUACUGCUGGGCUUGGCAAUGGGCAGAGAUCUGGGACGAGGCUUUGGUCCCUCCUCAGAGCAGCGACCCCUGCAGGCCACUGCAUAUGAGUGCCUGCGGGAGCUGGAGAGCUGCAAGCCUGGGCUGCUGGGGGGCUGCCUGGGACUGCUGCGGGGCCUGCUGGGGCAGGAGGGCCCGGUGGGCCCCGUCCAACCACUCAGUCUGCUGCUGGCGCAGGCCCUGCGCAACGCCUUGGUGAUACAGGCUAGGGCUGGGGCCAGCCUGCAGGACCUGCUCACCGUCAAGGCAUCUCUCACCGCAGGCGGCCCCUGGAACUGGACACUCACUGCAGAGGGUGGCACCCACCUUCAGCCCCAAGCGCCCAGCUGGCCGGCAGCUGAGAAGGAGGAGUGUGGCCUUUCGGCCCUCAAGCCCAGUCCUGAGGAGGCCCGGGAGCUGCGGGCUGCAGUGGCCCAGCUUCUGGACACCUCGUACCUGCUCACUCCUGUGGCCCAGGCCCAGCUCCUGUGGCUUCUGGGCUGGGCGCUGCGAGGUCUGCGGGGACAGCCGCCAGUGCUCUUCAAGCCGCAGCUGGUGCGGCUGCUGGGCACGGCACAGCUGACACUGCUGCACGCCGUCCUGGCCCUGAAGGCAGCCUUCGGCGAGGCCCUGUUCACAGCCCAGGACGAGGCCCUGCUGCUCCGCAGGCUCACCGUGGCCGCCCAGCACCCAGCCCUGCCCCUGCCCACCCAUCUCUUCUACCUUCACUGCCUCCUGAACUUCCCAGAGAACUGCCCGCUGGGCCCCGCAGGUGAGGAGGCCACCCCGCUGCUGCUGGAGCCCCAGCUGUGCCGGGGCCUCCUGCCGAGUCUCCUUCACGACCCGAUGGCCCUCCUGGCCCGCCUGCAUCUGCUGUGCCUGCUCUGUGCCGAGGACGGAGAAGAGGAGGGGAGAGGCCAGGGCCAGAGCCCCCAGCGCUACUUGGAGGAGCUCCUGGCCAGCCUGCAGCAGAGGGCAGCCCUGAGUGGGGGCCCCCGGGCCUUGGCCACACUCUGCUUCCAGGCCUCGUACCUGGUUGCUCGCUGCCUGGCCGGGCAACCCACAGUGCUGACACCCUUGACCCACGGACUGGCCCAACUCUACCGAGCCCGGCCUGCGCUGGCUCCCCAUUUCGUUGACUUCUUGGAUCGAGUGGGCCCUGAGCUGGGGGAGCCCCUGAGGGUGGUGUUGCAGCAAGAGGUGGUGUCCAGGCCAGGUGGAGAUGAGGCCCUUCGUUGGCACCUGCAGAUGCUGGCCAGAGUGGCAGACAAGGAUGCCCAGAGUGCCACCCUCAGCUUCCUGCAGGCUGCAGCUGCCCACUGCACGGACUGGGGCCUCCAGCAGGCCUUGCUGCGGGCCUGCCGGGCCCUGCUGCUGGCGGGCGUCAGGGGAGGCCUGGCGGACUUGCUGCAGGCCUUGGCCAGGCAGCUGGAGGACCCCGAUGGGAGGGACCAUGCCCGCCUCUACUACAUCCUCCUGGGCCAUCUGUCCGGGCCCAAGCUGGCAGUGGCCCUGGGCCCCUCACUUGCUACACCUGCGCUGGCCUCUUCACUGGUGGCGGAGAACCAGGGCUUUGCCGCUGCGCUGAUGGUGCAAGAGGCCCCGGCCCCGAUUCGGCUGAGUGUGGGGCCCUACAGGGCCGAGGGCCCCACCCCCGUGCUGCAGCUCCAGGUGGAGGUGCUGGAGCCCGUGUACUCUCUGGAGCUGCGCUUCCGCGUGGAAGGACAACUCUGUGCCCCGCUGGAGGCUGUCCACAUCCCCUGCCUGUGCCCCGGCCGCCCCGCCCAGCCUCUGCUCCUCCCCCUGCAGCCCCGGCGCCCAGCUCCCACGCAGCUGGAUAUCCGCGCCCUUUACACCAAACCCACUGGCCUCACGUGCUAUGCCCACCUGCCACCCCUGCCUGUGAGAUUCGCUGACCUCUUCCUGCCCUUCCCCCAGCCCCCUGAGGGGGCCGGGCUGGGCUUCUUUGAGGAACUCUGGGACUCCUGCCUGCCAAAGGGCACUGAGAGUCGCCUGUGGUGCCCUCUUGGGCCAUGGGGGCUGGAGGCCUUGGUGUCCUGCCACCUGGAGCCCUUCGUGGUGGUGGCCCAGCCCCCCACUAGCUACCACGUAGCCAUCCGCCUGCCCCCACACUCGAGGCUGCUGCUGCGGCUGGAGGCAGCCCAGGAGGACGGAGUGCCCGUGGUCUUGCGGACCGAUGACUGGACGGUGCUGCCUCUGGUCGGGGACUACCUCCGGGGGCUGGCAGCGGCUGUCUGACCCCGGGCAGGGCCGGGCUGGACGGGAACAGGCUUGUGGCCCUUGUGGGGUCCUGUGGAAGAGGGUCAGCUGAAGACCAGGACACACUCCUAUGGUUCUUUUCUUUUAAAAACUACGUUCACUAAUGACCCUC